AUGGGGCUAGUAAAUACACUGGUUAUUGCUUCCGCAGAUGCUGCUAUGGAGUUAUUCAAAAGCCAUGAUCAAGCCUUUUCCAAUCGUUAUCUAGGAGAAGUGCUAAAAUCAACAGGUGAUGAGUAUGGUCCAACUCCGUUGUUGUCUCCACAUGGACCAAUCUGGCGAAUGAAUAGGAGACUAUAUGCAAACAUCUUUUCUCAUACGUCAAUAAAGAAUACUAUGGGUAGACGAAGACAGUUUGUAGAUCAGAUAAUACAAUGGAUAUCGGUAGAAGAAAAGGAAGGUCGAAGUGUUGAAAUAAAACACAUCACUUCUGUUGCCUUAACCAAUCUAUUUGGAAAUCUCUUCUUUUCUAAAGAUUUUAUGGAUCUAAAAUCGGCAUCUGGAAAUGAACUCUAUCAAUUGAUUAAGGAGAUUGGAGCUUUAUCUACAAAGCCUAAUGUAGCUGAUUUCUUUCCGUGGUUACAAAAGCUAGAUCCACAGAAUUUGGCCAACAGAACGAGGAAGGCAGUCGAUGCAUUUCAAAAUAUUAUUGAUGAGUUUGCAAAGGAGCGAAAAAGCAGGGAUGUUGCUACACGCAAUAACGAGGAGAAGGAUUUUUGGGAUUUCUUGAUGGAUUUCGAAGGCAGUGGCAAAGAUGAACCAAGGAAAAUGUCAGACAGACACAUUUAUGCGUUUAUAAUGGAAGCAAUUAGCGGUGGAACCGACACAACAGUGUCUACCGUAGAAUGGGUAAUGACAGAAGUUGUUCGCAAUCCAGAGGUAAUGAGGAAGACCAAAGAUGAGAUUGCCCAAGUUGUUGGCUAUAACAGAAAGAUUGAAGAAAGUGAUAUUGGAAGUUUACCUUAUCUUGGUGCUGUGAUUAAAGAAGCAAUGAGAUUAAAUCCAGUGGCUCCUUUACUAAUUCCGCGAACUACUGUUAAAGACACUGAAUUCAUGGGGUAUAUUAUACCUAAGGGCACGGCAGUGUUGGUUAAUACUUGGGGCAUUGGAAGGGAUUCAGCUUCAUGGGAUAAUCCAUUCUCAUUCAAUCCAGAUCGUUUCUUAGGAAAUAAUACUGAUUACCGUGGAAGACAUUCUCGGUUCUUACCGUUUGGAGCUGGAAGACGCAUGUGUCCUGGCCUCCCAAUGGUCCACCAAAUUCUUCCCAUGUUGGUUGGAUCAUUGCUCCAAUCUUUCGAUUGGACCCUUGAAAAUGGCGUCGCUCCUGAAUCCAUAAACAUGAAUGGAAAAAUAGAGAUGUCAUUGAAGAAGUCCACUCCUCUAAGAAUAAUACCAAGAGCAUCGCCUCUUGCAGUGUGACAUCUAAUAAAAUUAUGAUGCCAACCUUUUUCUUUUAU